UACUGCGCAUGUGCAAAACCAGGGACCUGUCACCGCGCAUGCGUAGUGGGUGUAGAGGAGAGCGACAAGAUGGCGGCGUUCCUCACCCACCAGCAGAAAGUCUUACGGCUUUAUAAAAAAUCCUUGAGGCACAUUGAGUCGUGGUGCGUUUUCAGAGAUAAGUACCGCUUCUAUGCCUGCAUGCUGAGAGCUCGCUUCGACGAGAAUAAGAAUGAGAAGGACAUGAUGAAGGCCACCAAUCUGCUGAAAGCUGCAGAAGAGGAGUUCUGGGCGAAUCAGCAUCCUCAGCCUUACCUGUUCCCCGACUCUCCAGGUGGAACCUCAUACGAGAGAUACGAGUGCUACAAGAUUCCUGAAUGGGUUCUGGAUCACUGGCACCCAUCUGAGAAGGCUGAGUUCCCUGAUUACUUCUCCAAGAGAGAGCAGUGGAAGAAGCUGCGAGCUCUCAGCUGGGAGAAGGAGGUGAAGCAGUUGCAGGACGAGACUCCAGCCGAUGGUCCCAGCACUGAGGUUCUUCCUCCGGCCCGUAAGGAGGGCGAUCUCCCCCCGCUGUGGUGGCAGUAUGUGACCCGUCCCAGAGAGAGGCCCAUGUGAGAGGCCCUGUGUGAGACGCCCCACAUUACCAAUCACACGCUCAUACUCUCACACACAUUCUUAUACACACACUGUUCUGCCUCUAUGCUACUCCCACCUGAAUACCAUGUCACUAUUCGAGGGUGAAAUUCAUGUCUUGAGUCAACAUGCAUUGUGUCUGUGUGUUUAGGGAAAAGUAUAAUUGUGUGAGUGUGUGUGUGGCGUAAUUGUAGACUGUACAGACCUGUAAUAAAUAAAUCUGUCAAACAGA